AUGGUCUCAAGAACCACUUCCCCUUUGUGGACCAAACACCUGUAUGUCAGCCUCUGGGACUUCGAGGCACGGACCGAUGAUGAAUUAAGUUUUAAGGCUGGAGACCUCUUCCAGGUCACUGAGAACAUGGAAGACUGGUGGCGGGCAAAGAAAAUAGAUACAUCAGGAAGGAUCCAAGGGGAAGGUUACGUCCCCUACAAUUAUUUAGCUGAGCAAGAGACAUUGGAAACCGAACCAUGGUACUAUGGGCAGAUAUCACGAACAGAAGCUUUACACAGGCUCCUAUCUGAAGAGAAUAGAACAGGUGCCUUUCUGGUCAGAACAAGUGAGAAGAAAGGAGCUGACUACGUCCUAUCAGUUCGGGAUGAUAGGAUUGUGAGACAUUACAAGAUAUGGCAGAGCGCAGAAGGAAAGUUCCAUAUGAAUGCUAUAGUCUCCUUUCCAGAUCUCAAUAGCCUGAUUGAAUAUCACAAAGCAAGGAACCUUUCCCAUGGCCUGAAACUCACCAAUCCCUGCUGGAAGCAUGAGCCUAAGCCACUUCCUCACUGGGAUGAUUGGGAAAGGCCCAAAGAAGAAUUUACACUCACUAGGAAACUUGGCUCUGGAUACUUUGGGGAAGUCUUUGAAGGAUACUGGAAAAAGCAAGUUAGAGUCGCAAUUAAAGUGAUUGCUAAAGCUGACUUGAUGCACCAGCAAAUGUUCUACUCUGAGAUCCAGGUGAUGAAGGAGCUGCGGCAUAGGCACAUUCUUGCUCUGUACGCCAUCUCAUCAGCUGGGGAUCCUGUCUACAUUAUCACCGAACUCAUGCCCAAAGGAAAUCUCCUUGAGUUUCUUCGCGACUCUGACGCAGCCAGUGUCCCAGUGUGUGAACUGGUGGACAUAGCAUCUCAGGUAGCUGAGGGGAUGAGCUAUCUGGAAUCUCAGAAUUAUAUUCAUCGGGACCUGGCUGCCAGGAACAUCCUUGUUGGAGAAAAUAACAUCUGCAAAGUGGGUGAUUUUGGACUGGCCAGGCUGAUCAAGGACGACAUCUACUUAUCUUACGCCCAAAACAUCCCCUACAAAUGGACAGCACCAGAAGCCAUCGCCUAUGGACGUUAUUCAAUUAAAUCUGACGUCUGGUCUUUUGGAAUUCUGCUUCAUGAGAUUUUCAGCAGGGGACAGAUGCCAUAUCCAGGAAUGUCCAACAGUGAAGUCCACCAAAAAGUUCUAUCUGGGUUUCGGAUGUUGUCCCCACCAAAAUGUCCACCCAUGAUCUAUGAGCUUAUGUGCAAGUGUUGGAACAUUAUUCCAGAAGAAAGGCCAACUUUCAAAUGCCUUAAAGAGAAACUCUUCUGUUUCACCAACUAUGAAAACCCGGGAUGAAAACGUGACUGGAAACCAUCUUUUGACAUUUUGUCAUUCUCCUCUUAAAGCCUUUGACUUGGUCAUUGGUGAAAUUCCCAGAUGGAAAUAUGGAAGGUAUAUGUAAGUAAGAGUGCCACUCGAAACUCAAAAUUUUAACUGUGACUGUUUGAUAGUGGAUGAUCUUCAAAGGUGCUCAUUGGCCAAAAAGAGUGGCUUUAUCAUUUAAUUUACAGAGAAUAUGAAAUUAAGAAAUGAGAAGAUACAGUGUAAAAUACUCCAGUGCUUUGGAUUUGUAUCACAGAGCCUAUUCACGGGCUCAUAGAAAACUCAGAAAAUGGAAAUGGAAAGGGAUGUAAUGGUUUAAGCCUUGU